UCAAUCUACACUUUUCAUAUAGUCAUUAUCAAUUUACAUGGGAGUGCUCUUCAUUAUCAUAAUUUUGAAAAAUAUGCAUCAAAAUAACAGAAGACUAAGUUAUAAAAUUUUAAUUUUGGUCUAGUCCCUGCUUUAGACCAUACUAUUUUAAUUCGUUUUUAUAAUUUGUGCUUUGUAUAUAAAAUACUUUAAUAGAACUAAUCAAUUUAAAGAUUGUUUAGAAAUAGUCUAUGUUAGAGCUUUGUUUUUAUUUUCGGCAAUUAGUUCAAUGUCACCAAUCAUGUAGGUUUUAUUAGAGCAGCCAUUAAAUAAUUUUAAAUCAUCAAUAAGCAAGAUCAAGUAACCAUUUAUAAAGGACAUUAAAUUUAAAUCAGUUUUGCAAAUGAAACAAAUCUAAACAGAUGAAGAAUUGGCUAAAUUAAACCAUACAGAAUUGGAUUCAAUGUUAAUAUUUGAAGACAUUGAAGAUAAUAAUGAAGUUAAAUAUUCAGACUUAUGCAAAUAAUAAAUUAUUAAUUUUAUUUAAACUACUUGGAAUUUAAUGUAAUUGUUUUGGAGAUCCUUAAACUUAAUAUAUAAUACAAUUCAAUUAAUUAUGGCAUUUGUUUUGAUAUUUGGGUUUAUUUGUAUUUUUGUUGAGUAUAUUGAUCCAAACAGCGAUUUACUAAGUUAAUUGAAUGCCAUCAAUUUUUUUUCAACAUAAUUAGAUUCAAAUAGUCAAGACAGCGGAAUGAAAUAAAUUUAAUUUGAGAUGAUUGAAGUAAUCACUAUAGCUGCUUUUAAGUUUAUGUUUAUUAUCAUAAUGUAUUUUAGUACAAAUAAUCGAAUCUAGUAUUCAAAAAGUAUUUAAUUGUAAUUAUAUUACAGAUAAGGAGUUGAUUGAUAAUGUUACAAAUUUGACAGUGAUAAUUCGAAAAAACUUGCUCAACUUCACUUUAAUUGGCCUAUUAACUACAUUAUAUCCUAAUCUAACAUUCACGAUAAAUAAUUCGAAUUGUUAUAAGGAAAUUUAAUAUAGAAAUGGCUAAUUAAUAAAAAUGGGUCAAGUGAUUGCAAUUAAUGAUUAAUAGAGUUGCCCAAUUACUAUAAUUUACUUAAUUUCUUUAUAGAUAUUCAGUAGUCCAAUUACAACAUCAAUUGGAUUACUAAUUUUAAUUUUUUAUCUUUUAACAGCAUUUUACAUAUUGUGUUUAAAAAGAAAAAGCAAGAAUUUAAGCGAAAUUUGA